AUGAUGUUAGUUGUUUGGUCAUGGAUGAUUCAUUUGCUUGAUGUAAAGUGUGAUGAACACGCAAAUUACCAGAAACUCAAGAGUGAAUACGAUAAGUUAAAAACUGCUGAUACAAUGAGCCCCUCCAAAAAAUAUCGUGAUAAGGUGGUGAUAUUUCCUGAUGUCAAAUGGAAUGACAGUAUUGUUAAAAUUGAGUUGACAGAGAUAAACAACAUUGACAAUAACAUAAAAACGGUUAAUGAGUUAAGAACAAAUACUUCUCUGAUAAACAUGAUAAAGAAUAGAGUUAUCAGGUUCCUGACAACUAGCGCGUAUCAAGAGAACUCAAAUAAGGCUGACAUCAUGAACUUCUUUACUACUGACCGCUGUACUGUAAAGGGAUUCGAGGCAGCCAUAACGCAACUAAACGCAUCGAUAAAAGGAAUAAAAGAAGGAGAUGUAGUAACGCGAUUUAUGCAGGAAGAAGCAGCAAAGGCAAUAAUCAAAUUGGGAAAGGAUUGCAAGUUAACAGCAAAUGAAAAGAAAGAAGAACUGGAAAGACAUUUCCUGCGACUACCGUAUUUAAAGAAAUUUUGUGAUGAAAUUGAUAACACGAGCGAAGUCAUUACUUAUAUGUAUAUGACAUUUACAAUUGGGAACAAAAUGAUGAAGUCGGAGAUAAUAACAGUAACAAGAAAGGAAGGAAAAAUACAAGCGAUGCAUGACCUGGAAGAGUAUGAGAUGAAAAUAACACCAAAAAGGGCAGCAACAAUAGAAGAACCACCUAAAAAGAAAGAAAAAUUAAAGAAGAAAGAAACAAGAGUAAAGCCACAACAAAAGAAAAAAACACCAAAGAAAAAAACAUCAAAAAAGAAAGAAACAUCAAAGAAGAAAGAAACAUCAAAGGAAGAAACAUCAAAGAAGAGCAAAAUAUUCAUGACCAUUAUAUUGGUUGCUAUGGGUAUAGCGAUAUUGUCAGUAGGAACAUUAAUAUUGAUUAAGAAAAGAAAAAUCACAGAAGUACCAGUGGACCUUUGA